GUAAAUAGAUGCGGCUUCCGGAAUUAGUGUUGUGGAACCAUAAAGCAUUGAUUGGAUUGAAAGGGCGUGUUUUUACUCAUAAGUGUCGUUGAAAAGCAUAUCUUUGGACUAUGGAAUGACGUGGUGUCUCUAUGUGUUGGACGGCGGAAAAGUGUACAGUGGAAUCAUUUCACAGACUACAAUAAUUCAGGAGAGUGAGAGGAUGUUGAGAAGUGGAUGAAAAAUGAAAAAGGCCUUAUGGAGGUUGUUUUGCCGCAGUAGCUUUUCCCGUCGUUUCUGGUUAUUAUUGGUAGUAAUAUGUGUAAUAUGGUCUGCUGCCCUUGUUAACGUCACACUUAUUUACAAUGACAGGCCGGAGAAAGAAAGCGAAGUACUCAAGAUGGAAAUUAUUCGUCUAAGUGAAGAGUAUGUGAAAGCUUUAGCGAAUGAAAAUGGCAACAUGGUGGAUGGACCUUAUGCUGGACGAUUUACAGCUUAUGAUUUGAAAAAGACAAUGGCAGUACUUCUAGAAAGUAUGUUGGAAAGAUUACACCGAUUGGAGAAUUUCCUUAAUGUUGUGACCAAUGGGACUAUGCUUAACAACACACAAAACAUUUCAUCAAAAGACAAACAAGCUUCUUUCAUACUGGCUAAAGAUUUAAUAAUGGGAAUCAAAGAAGAAUGCAUCCUUACUGAAGAAGAUAUUAAGAUGUAUCCCAAUUGUCGUUCUAAGAUGUAUUGGAUGAGCAAAAUGUGGAAAUCAGAUAAUUGUUAUGCUUCGUAUGGUGUAGAUGGUUCUGACUGUUCCUUUAUUAUGUAUUUAAGCGAGGUUGAAGGUUUCUGUCCUAAAAAAGCUUGGAGUGGUUCUAAACAAUUAAAGCUAAAAGAUGGCGGUCCUGCUAACAAUGCAAAUAUUAAUGUCAGUUUAAACAGUUUAAUGCAGUUAUUAAUAGACCCCAAUGAGAGACAGGGAUAUGCCUGGAUACGUAUGAGAAUUACACGAAUGUGGAGCCGAUGGUCGGCAGCUGCUACAAGAUUAAGUAAACAUGAUUAUAUGGCUAACAGGAGCAAAAAAAAGAUUUUGGUACAUCUUGGUCUCCUUUCAAAACAAUCUGGUUGGAAAUUUGCAGAAAAUCAGUUUAAAGGUGGACCAUUAGGAGAAUUAGUGCAAUGGAGUGAUUUGAUUUCUACGUUGUAUCUAUUGGGCCAUGAUUUAACUAUAACCAGUGAAGUGGAACAAUUAGUAGAGAUAUUGUCACACCUACCUGCUGCCAAAUCACCAUGCCAAAGUAGAAAAGAACUUCCAGUUCAUAUUAUCUAUACAGAUAUUGUUGGUCUUACACAGUUUAAAAAACGAGUGAAGGGAGGUUACGGGAAAUUUAGUUGCCUGUUCAGAAUAUUGGAUAGUUUUGGAACAGAGCCAGCCUUUAAUCAUCGUAAUUUUGCCAAGCAAAAUAAAAUCUUAACAUCAUGGGGAGGACAAGAUUUAUUGCCCAGACAGUUCUUUACAAUGUUUCCUCAUAGUCCCGAUAAUUCUUUUAUGGGUUUUGUUGUUGAACAACAUUUAAAUAAUUCAAAUGUACGCUCUACAGACCGUAAACAACAAGCUGUUGUCUAUGGUAAAAAUGACUAUAUGUGGAAAGGAAAAGAGAAGUAUUUAGAUGUUAUUAAAGAUUUUGUUGAAAUUCAUGGAACAGUAGCAGGUGAUAAACAUGAAAAUGUUCCUAAAUAUGUGAUAAAUCAUGGAAUAUUAAAUGGAGCUGAUCUUCAUAAAUUAUUAUCUGAAUCCAAGAUAUUUAUAGGUCUUGGUUUCCCGUUUGAAGGUCCAGCACCAUUAGAAGCUAUAGCCAAUGGUGCCAUCUAUAUAAAUCCAAAAUUCAUUCCUCCUAUAAAUAAUAAAAAUUCCCCAUUCUUCAAAGGCAAACCAACCCAGAGACAGCUGACAAGCCAGCAUCCAUAUGCUGAAGAAUUUAUUGGUGAGCCGCAUGUAUAUACUGUAUCUUUAGAUAAUUUAACUGAAGUUAAGGAAACUGUACAGAAGAUAUUAAAUAAAAAUGAGUUUAAACCAUAUUUACCAUAUGAAUAUACAGAAGAGGGUAUGUUACAGAGAAUGAAUGCAUACAUACAACAUCAAGAUUUCUGUCAAUUUGAUGCCAAAAUUUCAAAAUGGCCACCAUUGGAGGCCAUAACUACUGUUUUAGGACCUGCUGGGAAAUCAUGUCGGGAUACAUGUUUAGAAAAAAAUAUGAUUUGUGAACCGAAUCAUUUUCUAGAACUGAACAAUCAAGAAGCCAUUGAAAAGCAAAGCUUAAAAUGUUCAAACAUGAUCAAAUCUUCAAAUAUAUAUUAUCCAGCUUAUAACAUUAAAACAAAACAAUGUAUUACGCAAGCAGAUAAUUUACUAUUGAGCUGUGUUGGAAAUAACGAACAACUUCAGAGAUUGUGCCCUUGUCGAUCUUAUAUCAAAGGACAGAUAGCUCUAUGCAUUGGAUGUGAGUGGUGACCUUGUUAUGGUUCGCAAGUCUAGUAACUAUAGUGAUAAGACAUGGUGGUUGGGAUCUUUUUAACUUAAAAUGAAUAUGGUUUAUCGUAUUUAUGAGAAAAUGUGUCUUGAGUGUGGUGUGUAUUUUCUGGGAACUUGCAGUAUGAAGUCACUUUGAUUUAUUUCAAAGCUUGCAACAUGGAACUGGAAUCAUUAUUUUCCUCAUUUAAAUACUUUGGUAAAUUUCAAAGCUUGUAGCAUGGGACUGGAAUCAUUAUUUUCCUCAUUUAAAUAAUUUGAUUUAUUUCAAAGCUUACAGCAUGGAACUGGAAUUAUUGUUUACCUCAUAUAAAUAUAAAUAGUGAUUUAGACAAUGAAAGCAAAAAAUUUAUUUGUGGACACUCUACAGAUCACAAGUUUUAUAAGGUGCAUCACUGGUUGUUUUUUUUACCUAAAGCUGGACUUAAGAUAAAUGUUACCUUUUAAUCCUAGAAAAUUCCUUGAUUUGAUGAUAUGUAGAUGUUUUUGACCUGAUAACAAACCUUUUCAUACCUUAUUAAAGGAGCAUUAUCAAUAGAUUUUUAUUGAACUCUGUCAAUAAACUUGAGUUAUGCAGCUUGAUAAUCUCAAGAUCUUUCCUUGUUAUAAAGAUCAAAAUUGAAACUAGAUCUUGUUGAAAAUUGUACAUAUUGUACAAAUUAUAAUUUUCACCAGCCUGCAACAUGUUUUAAUUUGUAUCCCAAGUUUUGAUUUUUACCAAAAUGUAUGACUAAAAAUUACCAUGGCUUUAUACAGUAUCAUAAUUAUAUACUUAAUAGAUUUCCAAUUUUAUCACAAUUUAGUUUUCAAAUCUUUCAAAUCGUAUCAUGAAGUUACUUUCAAAUCAUAUCAUAAAGUGACUUUUAAAUCAUAUCAUAAAGUGACUUUUAAAUCAUCAAAUUAUAUCAUGAAGUAACUUUUAAAUCAUCAUAUCCCGGGCCCUUAUUCAUGAAAACUUAAACUAAGUUACAACCGAAAUUUUAAGAAAUACUGCAACUUCAUUAGUUUAAGUUUUCGUGAAUAAGGGCCCCGAAUUGACUUUCAAAUUUUAUGAUUUGAUAAAAAUACAGAUGGCAGUUUGUUUCAUUAUAUCUCUGAACAUUGAAUAGUUGCAGGGUCGUAGAAAUCGGUGGUAGAUCCCAGCACAAAAAGUGACCUUGGACCCCUGACAAGCACUUACUCACCUCUCUUGGUGUGACAACUUGUUGACAUCGAGCAUUUGUUCUAUUCAUUUUUGCCAUUUUUGUCACCGCCUUUCAGAGAAAGCAGGGUGCUAUUAAAAUGGGUCCGUCCGCUCGUCACACUUUUUGAAACACAAUAAGGUUCUCAGACAAUCCUCAUCAAAAAUCUGAUGCGGGAGGGAGGAUUUUAUUUUUGUGUUUUUAUUUUGUGAAAGGAUCAUUACUGGUAACUAGGGAAAUUAAUGAGACAGUUUUUAUUUUUCAUAUUUUAAAAUAAAAACAGGUCAUGCGGUCCUUUUGAAGUGAUGAGGGAUUAUCUGUAAAGUAGUAGUAGUAUCCUGGUGUUCAACGUCUGCUUCCACAUAAGUGAUAUCGCAGACAAAAUUAUCUGUAAACCAGAUUAUUAUUUUUUAUAUGGCCUCACUCUCCUUCUUAUUGAGCUUAGUAAUUUCAUUGGUCAAUGCUUUGAGACAAGAUAACUUUGAUUGUAGCUGAUGGAGAGUGAUGACUUGAGUUUGAUCGUGAACAUUUUCUGCUUAGACUAAGAAGAUUAGAUAAUGAAUUUUAUUGCUCAAAACUUUUCAAAAAGAUAAAUGUGCAAUUCAUUAGCAUGUGUCAUCUUUUUAUUUUGGGAUUGGCUUGGGACAUCCACCUCACUGUUGGCAUGUUAAACCUUUAAUCAAGACUUCAAUUUGAUUCUUAUCAUGAAUGCUUAUUUGCAAUGCUUAUUGAUUUAUUACUAGUUAAUAGAUAACAAAUCAGAAAAUGAUUUUAUUGUUGUUACCCAUAUUAUGAAUUGUUAUUGUUAUUUAAUUUGAAAUACAUGUCCCAGUUGCAAUUGAAUGAUUGUGUUCAUAAUUUAUAUUUAGGGAAGAUUUUAUUUAUAUAUGUAACUAUUUGUAGAAUUAUUUUCCAGUAAUAUGUAGUAUAUUAAAAACCUUAUAAUGUAAAAAGUGUAGAUGAUGUCAAAAGUGUAGAUGUGUCUGAAAUACGCGAUUCAGAAUUUACAGGAGCAGGUUACAAAUGAAUAUAAGACUACAUUAUUUCAGGAUAUAUUUUUUUUUUUAACCUAAAUAAUGCUCACUACUUUUGACAUGAAUUUACCAAAUUGGUGAUUACCGCAAAAAAAAGCUGUUAAUUUGACGUCAUUUUAAAUUUUCUAGU